CCGGGCUCAUUCAGCCUCGCUCUCCAUGGCUGCGGCGUUGACAGCGCGCGGAGGGAAUCCCUGGGUGCUGCUCGUGCCCUGAUCGCCUCGCGUCCCCCGGUGCGACGCGCUCAGCUCCGGCUUUUUGGACGCUACAUGUGCCGCUUCUGCACAAAACACGCCUCGGCGUAGGCAAGCGAGGGCAAAACCCCGCCGGAGAAGACUGGGAAAACAGCUCAACAACUACAGCCCGCUGCGGCUUUCUUCUAAACAACAUAUACAAUUUACCAAAAAGAGAGAGAAAGAAAUAAAAAAACAAACACAUUUUCAUGGAUGAGGUGUGUUUUUCUUUCUGGUUAGCGAACUCGCUGACCAUUUUGUUUGCUUUCGCUAGCUAGCUAACGUUAGCUGUUUUUUUUUCUCAAAGCACCUGACCUCAGCCUGGUAUAAGUAUUUUUUUGGAUAUAAAAACCCAGACGAGGAAUUGCAUUAGCCUGUGUUGUUGGAGGCAGCCAUAAAUGACUCUGAUAUGGCUUUAAGUGGAAUGCUUUUGCUACCUAUUCCUACCUUUGCUAACGGCGCCAGUGUCAAGGAUAAACCGAUGGGAACAGGAACAGUAGUUAACUCGAGAUGGAAGGAAGAAUUGUCCCACUUGAGACGGCCGUGUAUGUCCUCUGGCAGUGGUAUUGUCAAUCAAGACCCGGCUCUGGCCACUUCCAAGGAGGAACCUGAGGAUCUGGACCUGCUAGACUACGACUUCAUCCUAUCCAACACCAUGCAGCAGCAUCAGGAGAGCCUGGGUGGUCCCUCCCAGAAUCCGGCCCCUUCUCCAGGGUCCUACACUUACCAGCUCCCCUCGCCUCAGGGGGCAUCCAGCAACGGCCCGUUCGGGAUCCCAGACAUCAGUGACGUGUCCCCCUCUGGUGGCUUUGUGGCAGAGCUCAUGCGACCGGACCUUGACCCUGCUUACCUGCAGCCCGCUAACCUGCAUGGGAAGUUCGUGGUGAAGACCACCAUGGACAUGGCUGAGUAUGGCCAAGGUACUGGCAGCGGUAAAAGCGGCAUCACCCAGGAGCCCUCCAUGACCUUCACCUGCUGUGGGAUCAAGCAGGAGAACCUUGCCCCCUGUACCAUUACCCGCCCCAUGGACAUCCGCCCAUCUGGCCCUGGUAGUGCCCAGUGCCCCCCUCUUGAGCCUUGCGGCUUCUCCCCCGGACGAUCCUUGCCCCCAGAGAAUGUCCUAAACAGAGAGCUUCGGCCUUCCCCGCGGCCCCUGGGGCGUCCCCCAUUAUCCGCUCCCCCCAGCUAUCCAGCCCAAUCUGGCUAUCCUAGUUUCCAGCAGCCUCCCGCUAUGCAGUACCAAGAACUUGCGUCCCCUGGAGGCAGUCUGCCGGACGACACCAAACCAAAACGAGGACGACGCUCCUGGCCCAGGAAACGGAUAGCCACUCACACGUGCGACUACGCUGGCUGCGGCAAGACUUACACCAAGAGUUCCCACCUGAAGGCCCACCACAGGACGCACACAGGUGAGAAGCCGUACCACUGCGACUGGGAGGGCUGCGGGUGGAGAUUCGCCCGCUCCGACGAGCUGACGCGACACUACAGGAAGCACACCGGCCACCGCCCUUUCCAGUGUCAGAAGUGCGACCGGGCCUUUUCACGAUCAGACCACCUGGCUCUCCACAUGAAACGGCACCUUUGAGGCGGGACGACAUGUUGGCGUUGGGAAGGGGGUAAGAGGGGGGGGGGGGGCGUGGGCUCCGCUACCGGACUGGCAACCACAUACCCAAUUGCUGCCUUUGAACAAUCCCCACACAGAACGAUAAGAGCCGCUGUCCGUGGCCAAGGUGGGGUGCUAUGGGUAUGGCGGAGGUAGACGGGUUAAGGAUGGGAUAGGGAGGGCGGGGGGCAUAGGAAGGAUUUAUGCUUUUUGUCUUCCGUGGUACCGAGUGUCACUCAAGAUCUCUGCCAUUGUUUCUUUUGUGUUUUUUUUUUUUUUUUAUUGUAAUUGUGUUUUUUUUUUAUUUCAUUUCUUUUGGUCGAUAUCCCAAGACUGAACUGGAAUUUUUAUUGACAAGACUUGGAAAACCAAGUGCCAAAGUAUGACUGGAAAAUACAUGGAAAUAAGGGUUGGGGUACUUUGUGGGUGGGGAGCAGGGGGGCACAGAGUAAGUAAGACAGAAGCUGACACGAGCAGAAGCGACUCCCAGCACCAGCCACAUUCCAUUGCCUUUUCCUAGAGCACACUGUUCAACAUCUUGUAUUAGACAUAUAUUUUUAUAACGUUAUUGUAAGCCAUUAUUUUUUUACAAACAUUUUUAUAUCAGGUACAGAAGUAACUUAUAGUUUAUCUAACAGUCCUCUGUGACAUAAGCAUAUUUAAAUAUUCAGAGUGUGGGAGGGAAAAAGAAAUGAACAUUCUCAUUUAAUUGUUUUUAUUUUUUAUUUUUUUUCCAAGUGCUGUGUGGUUGAUUUGAAACCUUCUUCACUUGCGCUUAUUCACGGCAAUGCCGGUCUUAGCUGCAUUGUGAUUAUAAAGUGCAAUAACCUCUAAAUUCAUUCAUUAUAUGAAGCACUUACCAAAAAUAACUUUGAACAAAGUUUGUGUUUAUAGACAAAUUAUAUAAUAUAAUGCUGAACUGAUAUUUAGAUUUGUACAUUUUAAAAUAAAUGCAUUUUGUUUAACGGUAAUUUUGUGAUGCUUAAAAAUGUCUCAAAAUUACAUUUUAAACAUUUUGUCUCCUUUACUAGUCAAUUAAUAGUAGAUAUACAAAUAUAUACUAAUAUUGAUGGACAAUGCAGUAUGUACAAACCAAAUAGCACUGUUUAAAAAGAAAAAAAAUGUCUGCCUUGCAUUUAUUCAGGUUUCUUUAGGGUAUUCAAUUGAAUAAUGUACCUUGAGUGUUACAUUAUGGUGCUGAAUGUUUUAAAUAUUAAGAAGAAACAAUCGUUGGAAAAGUCUGUUUACUCAAGUUGACAUAAACUAGGUGGGACGUAAUUCAGUCAUCUGUGAACUGGAUGAACCUUAAUAAUUGGUUACUGGGGGUAGCACAGUGGCCUCACAGCUCCCACAUUGUGGGUUCAUUUCCCACCCCACCCCCCGCUGUACGUGUGCGUGCAGUUUUGCAUGUUCUUUGUGCAGGUUUCCUCCAAAAACGUGUUUUGAGUGAAUAGGUGUUUCUAAAUGAACCGUGGUGUGUGAUCGUGUCCUACGAUGGACUGGCCACCCAUCCAGGGUGUCUCCUGCCUUCCAGUCUUUGCUUGCUAGGAUAGGCUCCAGGCUUGCUGCAACCCUGUAGGAGAUAAGGGACUAUGGAAAAUGGAUGGAUGAAAAUACAGUUCAUAUAAAUUCUGUGAAAAUGUUGAACAUGGCAAUUAUUGCUGGUUCCUUUUUUUCAAAACACUCGUUGUCAUUUCAUUAUAAUUUAGCAUGUCUGUCAAUAAAAUGCACCUACAUAGUG